AUGCCGAUCUGCAGCAAUCAUGAUACAGAUGGAGAACAAAAUAAUGCGAAACCUGUGAAAACGUAUGACGUAUUUUACACCUACAGAAGUCUACCACCUAAUGAGCGUGAAGAGGAAGAUUUCAAAAAGAAUAAGCUGUUCUCAGCAUCUGAAGCCAUGACGAUCCAUCUUCAAAAGGAAUCAUCGCCUGGAAACGCCGACGUCUCAUGUCAUUCAGAAAGCUGCCUAAAUCCUCCUAGGGUCGGAGAGAAACACCAGACUACCGGCAUAAAAUAUCCAUUAUUAUUGCUCAUCCGUCAUCUUGCAAAUUUUUCAUUGAUGUUACAGAUUAUGGAGCGUCUUUACAGCGAUACGAAGCAUUUCAUACCUUUCCUGUAUUUAUCAUCGAUUAUUUUUUCAUUCAUGAGCGACGGAUACAAUAUUUAUAAUAAGUAUCAAAAUUUAUAUUUACUUAAUAUUAUAUCUUUUAUGGAAUCUACCUUUAAAGCACUUCUUGCUGAAGCUUUGGCUUACGUAGCUUGGAAAAUCUUAUUCUACACAGGAGAAAUCGACUGUGAGCGCAAAUUGAAGUCUUUCUUCCAGUUAUUAAGCAUUCAUGUAGUCUCCAUAUAUAUCGUUUAUAUUUGCACAAGUCGUAUCAAGUCUAAAGUUCGAUCCAUUGUAACAGCCAUGGAGGCAUUAGCAGUUUUUCUGUUGAUGAAAAUAUUAAUGGAUUACAUAGCUUUUGGUAUGCAUAAUCUGAAGCCAAUUAUCAUUUCCAUUCUGAAUAAAGUCCUUGAAGAGAGAUGGUUAACCGGUGCAAUGCCUAACAUAGAAGCUGAUGAGAAACUUGAUCAACAUCCAACCGCAAGCUCUUCCUUGAUGCGAAAAAAUAAUAUACGUUUAGAAGAGUCCGAUGUACCUGCUAGAAAACAGCUUGAUAUUCUCAGCAAUGUGGACUUUUCUUCUCGGCAAGAAUCCUGCAAAACAUCUAAUCUG